GGUGUACCUAGUCGAGGGAAACAUUGGUUUUGUUGGGUUUUGAAAUUUGAAGUCUGAAAUUGAAUACAAACGCGAAAAGCGAUGGCGUCCGUCAACUCGAUAAAUAUUCACGAAGUAAACAUCCAAAAGUUGGAAAAAAUUGAAAGUUUUCUAAAUGAUUCCGCGUAUAAGGAAGCAAUCGAAAAUAGUGAAACGUUCAACACUCGCUUGUGCAUCGAAAGACGACUCCGGAUGCCGUUUUUGGAUCCUCAGACAGGAGUUGCCCAAUACCAUAGCAGCUUGUUCUUUCGAUCUAGGCAAAGGAUUCCAGGAUUGAAGGAUGGACAAAUUUACAGUUACCCAUCGUCGCGCUGGAGAAAGUCACGGCGGCAGUAUUUGAUGCAGAAGCCACAACCGCCGUUUCCUACUUACACCCACCGGCCAUUUGGUCAUCUGCAAAGUACGUAUGAUUCGGAAAAUUCAAAUUUGGAGUCAACCACCGCCGUGGCUAGCAUAGAGUCAGAAGUAAAGGAACAUAAGGAUGACACGGGCAAGGAAUGGUAUUAUGACGAAAUGGAUAUGCAUGAAAUGGAACCCUAUGAAGAUCACGAUUUACCGGAUUCUGAUUGUGAUUUCGAAGAGAGUUACAGCAGCCGAAAGAAAAAAGGAAAAAGCACUAAGGGCGGGUCCGGAUCAACGAAAAGCAAAUCAAGCAGUAUUAAUGAUCCAAAUUCCCAAAAGCGAGGCCGCAAUGCUGGCGGUAGGGGACGUGGCAGAAAAUCAGGUGUUGGUGAUAGUCCAACAACGAUCAAGGAAACCGGUGAAAACUCGAAAAAGAACCGAUCUCAAGCGCUUCCUCAGUUAAUUCCACAGCCCUGUUCGUCUCCCUUGACGGUGCCAUCUGUAGAGGAACCACCAAUGCCAGUGUUGGUGCCAGAAGCAAAGAUUCCCGAGGAACCUGAAGAUAACAUUCCGCUUAAGUCAGGACUAUCAGUUGGGGGAAGCAAUGCGUCUUCCAAUGCAGCCUCUCCUGUACCCCCAGCGGAAAAGGGUCGAGCAAUUCCCUCACCGUACUGCGACUUUUGUCUUGGUGAUGCUCGUGAGAACAAGAAAACGCUAGAACCGGAGGAGCUUGUAUCAUGUUCGGAUUGUGGCCGCUCCGGACAUCCCACUUGUUUGCAAUUCACUGCCAAUAUGAUAAUAUCAGUUCGAAAGUAUCGUUGGCAAUGCAUCGAAUGUAAAUAUUGCACCAUCUGCGGAACAUCUGAUAAUGAUGAUCAACUGCUGUUUUGCGAUGAUUGCGACCGUGGUUAUCACAUGUAUUGUCUAUCUCCUCCGCUCAUUUCUCCGCCAGAAGGAUCAUGGAGCUGCAAACUAUGUACAGAAGAAUUUCACAGCAAAUAGGAUAUCCAAAUUAUAAUUGAAGGACUUCUACAGCAUGACAAAUUAUGAAUCUCAAAACUGGUUGAUCUGUUUUUCUUCAAUGGAUAAAACUCUUUGCGAGAAAAUCAGAGUAUUGUAUUGUAUUAGUAACCGGUAAGUAAGAUAUGCUUCUAUAAAUAGGGAGACUAAAUAAAAGUAUGCGGCAGAUUAUAAAUGCUUGAUAUUGUGUGCUGUAACUAUACUUCAAUGUGAAAUUUAUAAAAUCCAUACAAGCAACACAAAUGGAAAAUAAAAUGUUCUGGUUGAAUCUAAUAUAUUCAAACUGGAAUCGGUUGAUUUGC